AUGUUUUCAGCAGCCUUGAAGACGGCAGUGACCAGUGCAGCUGAGUUUGCUGGUAUUCGUUAUCAUACUUCGCUGCCAAGUCAUUGUUUGACCACCUCUGGUUCUCUCUCACCCUUCACGUGUUUGUGCGAAAAGAGCCUUUCGAGGAAGUCGGUCGACUGGCAUACUCAGCAUGUGGCCAAGCCAGCGCAACCUAUGGAGUGUGAUCAGUUCAUCCAUCGAGGUCUGGUUUGCAAAAAGUACAUAUUCACUGAAAUCCUGACAGAGACAAGUGACAUCCUCCGCACAAAAGACUACACGGAGUGGAAAUUGGCCGUGUUUAUUCUGAAACUUCGCCAUAAACAGCGACACAUACUCAUUUGUAAACAAAUUUGGUUUCGUGAGAGACUCACCUGGGACCCAGCUGAAGCCCUUGUUUGUGAUGUUUUCAGGCAACUGAAUGUGCUGCACCAGGCCACAUCAUGUUUAGGUAGCUACGAUAUUCGAGAUUUCGCGAUUCAUGUAUAUAUUUGUAAUGCACUACUCAUAAGGUUGCUGAAAGCGCCUCGACAACCCACAAACGGUUUCGCCCUUCUUGGGGCUCAUCAGGCGCAGUCCCCGGGUUUCCGUCAACCUUAUGUUCUACUUGAAACCAAAUUGCACGGAAUUAGCGAAAUACUCUCACUUGGAAACGAAUUUGGGGCUGUCGAAGAAUUUUCAGCAAACUUAUGA